UGCUAGGAGCGUGUUUCAAUUGUUUCACUGCUAACGAUAAAUAACAACAGCGUGUUUACUCACGUAAACAACGUGAAAAGCUUGGAGUUUUACUAACAGAAUCGACAAAAAUGAGUGCGCGGCCGACUACAACCGCCACACGUACGAAGAAACAAAACCAUGCCAACAUACCUUGUCCUAUCGAAGAUUGCGCAAGAUUCACUUAUGGAAAACUACCAGAUCAUCUCACCAAGAUCCAUGGUCUCACAGGCGCCGAACGCGAUGCGCUCAACGAGCAACAACGAAAGAGAUUCUUCAAUGGCGAACUAUGCCAAGUCCGUUAUCUCAAAGAAACAGCUAUUAGAGAUCUUUGGGGCUCAGAUUACGAUGACCCUCGUAUUAGAGCUAAGAUACAUCAGAGCUAUGCGCUAGUUAAAAUACGCAUCAUUCCACUAGCGGCUACACAGAGAAGUCGGCCCCUGACAGAACAAGACGCAAAUGUUCUGACAGCUUACAAUGCUAGAACUGCUCCAAGACCUGCGCGUGUUCAACGCACUAGAACUCGAGCGAGACCUUAUGCGGUACCAGAGACGAAUUCAGUUCAAAGUAGUUUGUCAAGCGAAUCGAGUGAAGAUGACAGUGCACGUAGCUCGUUGCCUCUAUCACCACCCCCAUCGUCUCCGUCCCUACCGCCAUCACCAGCUCCCUAUGAACUACAACCUGUAGAAACACGGCUACGAGAUAUUUUCGACUCUAAAAUUGACGCAGGCUACAAAGCUGUAAUUGAUGAUAUGAAGAAAUCGAUGACGAUGGGCAGAACACUUGGUACGAGGAAGCGAAAAAUCUAUAGAACAUACCGCCGAUAUGCAAAGCGGCUAAUAGCAUUCUUACACCGACAGCACUCUCCUUUAGCGUACGAUGUUGACGUGUUGUUAUGCGGAGAGAGGCAAGUUUGCGCGUUUCUAGACAACAUAAGUCGAGAGCAUAAAACUAAAACCUUGAGAAACUACAUUGUUGGUGCAAUAAAACUAUUGGAUUCACGACUUUUCGCUUUAGAAAGAGACCCAUCGUGUAAAGAAAAGGUGGUUUCAAUGAACCGUGUAUAUGAAGUUUUGCUCGCUCGACUAAACGAUUGUGAUAGGCUGCUAACCCAAAAAGAAAUGUCACAUCAUAAGGAAACAACACCUGAAGAUGAUGAUUCCGAACAAGACUUUGACAAUGCAUACGAUGGGCUGGUUUAAAAAAUAAGACUUUUGUAUAUAUAACAUUCAAUAUAACAUAUAUAGCGAGAUCUACCCUUGGUAAUUUGUGUAUGUAAAUAAGUAUGUAUAAAUAAAUUACCAAUAUAUUUGGACUUUGGUAUUCGUUAGUCAACGCAUUAUAAUUUUGAAUAUAAUUUAUAGAGAACUGAAAUAUAUUUUUUUUCUGAUAGUGAUAAAAGUAACUUAUCGAAGUAUUAUUAUGUAAAUACCAUUAAAUUAUAAAUUAUGUACAUAUGAUUGAUACGUGUUGAAAGCAAUAAUGUAAAUUACAAUUAAUUUCAUAACAUACUCGUAUUAUAACAUGUUAUUAAACAUAUUUUGUAAUAUAUGUAUAUAAUUUUAUACUAUUGUAUUCGCAUGUCUCCGAAUUCUAUGAUACAAGUACUGAA